CGCUCUAGGCGGCCCGGAGGUCGCGGGGUUAAGGUGGCUGUGUACGGAGUGCGACCUCUCUAUGGUCGGGCGCCGGGGUAUACCCUCCCUCCUCCCCAUCUACUCCCGAGGGUCCCAGGUUACUUCCGGAAGUGAAGGCUUCACCUGCGCCUCGGCUUCCGCGGGGUUCGGGGACCCAGGCGCGAUGGCCGGGCUGGCCCCGGGACCAGAGAAAGGAUUGUCUGAUGUUUGAAGCAUUUUCCUGAGUCUAGAAUUUUCUAUGUCUCUGGGUCCUGGAAGUUACUAAGCGAUGGAGGAGGCCGAGGAAACGGACGGGAUCAGGACAGGCCUGGAGAAGGACACCACUGCCCAUAGCCUCCGCCCUCAGAUCUCAGUCAGCGAGUUUUCCUGCCACUGCUGCUACGACAUCCUAGUGAACCCCACUACUCUGAACUGUGGGCACAGCUUCUGCCGCCACUGCCUGGCUUUAUGGUGGGUGUCUUCAAAGAAAACAGAGUGUCCGGAAUGCAGAGAAAAGUGGGAAGGCUACCCCAAAGUCAACAUUCUCCUCAGGGACGCCAUUGAAAAGCUGUUUCCAGAUGCCAUUAGGAUGCGGUGUGAAGACAUCCAGCACAACAGCGAUGUCAUCCAAAGUCUCGCGGCCUUUCAGAGGCUCGGAAAUGACCAGCUGCCCUCGGCUCCUAACGCAGGCCGUGCGAACCAGCAAAGAGGAGGGGGCUUCUUCUCCGGAGUGCUCACCGCCUUAACCGGCGUGGCAGUGGUCCUGCUGGUGUACCACUGGAGCAGCAGGGAGUCCGAGCAUGACCUCCUGGUCCACAAGGCCGUGGCCAAAUGGACAGCUGAAGAGGUUGUUCUAUGGCUGGAGCAGCUGGGCCCAUGGGCCUCCCUCUACAGAGACAGGUUUCUAUCCGAAAGAGUAAAUGGAAGAUUGCUUUUAACUCUGACAGAGGAAGAAUUUUCCAGAGCGCCUUAUACCAUAGAAAACAGCAGCCACAGAAGAGUCAUCCUCACAGAGCUAGAGCGCGUGAAAGCCCUCGGUGUGAAGCCCCCCCAGAACCUCUGGGAAUAUAAGGCGGUGAACCCUGGCCGGUCCCUGUUCCUGCUCUACGCCCUCAAAAGCUCCCCAAGACUUGGCCUGCUGUACCUGUACCUGUUUGACUACACAGACACCUUCCUGCCCUUCAUCCACACCAUCUGCCCUCUUCAGGAGGACAGCUCUGGGGAGGACCUCCUCAGCAAGCUCCUGGACCUGAGGGAGCCCACCUGGAAGCAGUGGAGGGAGUUCCUCGUCAAGUACUCCCUCCUGCCGUACCAGCUGAUGGCCGAGUUCGCCUGGGACUGGCUGGAGGUGCACUACUGGACCUCACGGUUUCUCAUCGUCAACGCCAUGCUCCUCUCCGUGCUGGAGCUGUUCUCAUUCUGGAGGAUCUGGUCAAGAAGUGAACUGAAGACAGUACCUCAGAGGAUGUGGAGCCAUUUUUGGAAGGUGUCCACGCAGGGACUGUUUGUGGCCAUGUUCUGGCCCCUCAUUCCCCAGUUCGUAUGCAACUGCUUGUUUUAUUGGGCCCUGUACUUCAAUCCGAUCAUUAACAUCGAUCUCGUGGUCAAGGAAGUCCGGCGGCUGGAAACUCAAGCACUGUGACUGACCUGGAGGUGACACCUGUGCCCCAAGGCUUAACCCGUGAGGAACGGCGGAAGCAGACUUCCUGCAUCUGCCCCUGGAAAAGCAAGGUGCUGCUGCUGAUGCGAGGCCUCAGCCAGGUCCUCCCUCUCAGCCUGCGGCACCCGGGCAGCAGAACCCGAUGUCCCAGCGCCCAAGGACUGUGGAGGUGACAGAAGAGCUCCCCCUCCCACCAGCUCCUUUCUCACAGGGCCUGGGGGGGAGCCUGCCAUCCUUGGGGGAUGCCACAUGCCAUCAGAAGUGACCCCUCCCCCCCCCCCCCGACCUCAGGGAGGACAGAGGUGCCCAGAGCCUCUCUCUCACCAGGUCCUGGGUGAGGCCCACCCUGUGAGGCAAGUGUAGGAAAACAAGGAUUUGCCAUAGGCAUAGCUAU